AUGGGGUGUGCCAGGCAAUGGAAUUUCACAUCAAAUGAACAGCUUACAGCUGUUUUGACUACUAUUAUCUACACAUGCAGUGUUUCACAUGCCUCCACCAACUUUCCACAGUAUGACGAGUAUGGUUUCCCUCCAAACUAUCCAGGUCUUCUGCGAGGAAGUCCUCCAAAAGAUAAGCGAGAGUGCACAGAACAAGACAUCCUUAAGUGCUUACCAGAUCGACCCACAACUCUGGACAUCAUGAUUGUUACCAAAAUCCUCAGCCAGCGAGGCACAAAGAGCCUGGGAGACUUUGAGGUCCAGUACAUCUUUGAUGACGAAGCCCGAGAAAUUGUACAUGAAUUUCGCAAGGAUGUCGCAGAAAUCAGCAAGAUAAUUAAGGCACGCAAUACUCAGCGCAAUCCUCCAUACCUAUUCUUGGAUCCUGACAUUGUCCCCAACUCCAUCAGCAUCUGAUCUUCCUCUCUUUGCUGAAAGGACUGGCGAAAGAUGCAAUGGGCAAUCAGCAUCGGAUCUUCUCUUUGCUGAAAGGACUGGCAAAAGAUGCAAUGGGCUUGGGUCCUGACAUUGUCCCCAACUUCAUCAGCAUCCAGUUUUCCUGUGUUUGCGGAAGGGACUGGCAAAAAGACCAUUGGACUUGAAAUUUGACUCAAAACAGAAUGUGAUCAACAUUUACUGAACAGGCUGGAUGAAGAUUUGUUCAUGACGUUUUGUAUUCUGUUGAAAAAGUGUGAAGUAUACUAUGUACCAUCCUGAUAUUUGACGCUGACUUCAUAGUGCAUUAUCUUUAUUAGUUGCAAUAUCCAGUCACAAUAAAACAAAAAUUCAGAUUGAUCAAAACCCUGAAAAGCAUUAAGACAAUGAGCACAAUAUGGCAUCUGUAAUACCAAGGAAAAGACUUUUGUGCUUGAAAAACUUGUGAAUGACAAUUUUACAUACAAUUCUAUAAGGUAUAUUUUACAAAAGUAUUAAUUGCAUGGUGUUUUUUUUUUUUUUUAAAAAAAAAGAUUUUCAUGUAACAGCAAAGUUUGUGAUAAAUUCUGAGAUUCCUCUAAAUCCAAAACCCAUUUUAUUGCUGUUGUGCAUCCUUGGUGGUGAUUACAAAUUUUUCCCUUAAAAGCAAACUUAUGCUGGUGAUAUGGAGAAUUAUAUAAAAACAUUCAUCAGUAUACAACUGUAUGAUGCCAUGGCUUGAGUUGAUGAACACAUGGAAGAGAGAGAAAGAAUUGACAUUUGUUUGGCAGUAGCUCAUCUCUACAGUUCAUCUGGGCCAUCUUGUCUGAGGUUUUCUUGCUUGAUGGGAUUACUUGUCUCCAUUUCUCUGCUUUUUCAUUUCUGGUCUACUGUUCAUGCACUCUUCACAUUUUCUCAUCUACACUUUGCGUUUUGUUGUUACAUUUUCUGCUAUUUGUUUAGAUCUGUGCAUGUCCAGAAUGUCGACUGCACUCCCGAUAUUCUGCCUCUUUACUACAUAGUUUUUCUCGACUUCUUCGGGAAAACUUAUACUGCGUUGAUUCCAGAAUCAACAACAUUUUGCUCCUGGCAGUUAUUAUUCAUGUUCUUUGAGCCUGCCUCGAUGGUGGGUAAAGACACUACAGAGGUCACAUUAUUAUAUGAAUUGUCUGGGCAGGGUAAAAUUUUUAUGAUACCUAGCAACUCAGAAAGUUCUAUUGUACUUUAAUUUGUUAUUUUGAUCAGAUGAUGGUGGUCAAUAUUUUUAUGGCACCAGAAACCUGUCGCUUGAGACAACAGCCUGACAUGGCUGUCAAUGAUAAACAUGGGCUUUUAAGGGGUGAAGAUCACCCUCAAUAAGCCUUCUUGUGACAAGUUCAUUCCAUGCAAUUUCUUACGUGAAGUACAGACAUUUGAGAAAAGCAUUUUUGUUGUAUUUCCAAAUAUGCUUUAAAAUUCUUGUAUUUGUUUUUUAAUAUGUAAUAAUGUAUUUGUUUUUUGUUCUUGUAAUUGAACCAGACUGAUGCUGCCUUUUAAUAUAUAUGAUUGAUACAUUUGCUAAAAUAUUUGUUUGUAAUAUUGAGAUAAAGGUAGUAUACUGAACUAUUCCAUAAACCAAACUCUUUCAGACAUUAUGUUUAAUUUCAUUUUCAUUAUGUUGACAUUGUCUUGCAUUCCAUAAAUUGUGCUGCAAAUUCCAAUGAUGGACAAGGUAUCUGUUCAGAAAGAUGUGUUCAGAAAGAAAGCAAAUGACAUGCUUUCAUUAUUUCAUGUUUUUCAAUUGCACUAUCACCUUUGUUCAUGGGUUAUGUCUGGUCUUGCAUUAUUAAAAAAUCUGAUGUUUAUGGUG